CAUAUUUUAAUAAGCGAGUCUGAGUUGUUUUCAUAAAAUGUAUAAGAUGAAAGUGCGCUUUAUUUUGUGCGGUAUUCUACUUGUGAGUGUUGCUUUGGCGCAAGAUUUUGAGCCAGAUCCUUUAGAGCCCGAAAUUGGGCCGUUAGAACCGGAAGUUGGUCCUUUAGAACCCGAAGCAGUAACAACGAAUGCACCAGAAAGGACCACUGAGGAAGCAACUGCGUCCGUUACUAGUGCGCCAACAACUGUCACGACGUUAGAAGUUACAACAGGCAUCGCCACAACGACAAGUGGGGAGUCUACGACAACAAUAACAAUAACUGAAAGGCCAACAACUGCAACAGCUGAAGCGAUAACCGAAAGUCCUACCAUGACUACUACUCUGACAGCGGAGGAGCCAACAACAAUAAGGACAACUACAGAAAUCCCAGUCACUACUACUACCAUGACUACGGAACAACCGACAAUAACAACAACAACAACAGAACAAUUAGCUACCACUACCACCACGACAACAGAGGAGCCAACAAUAACAACAACGACGACAACUGAAAGACCCACCACUACAACAACAGAGCCGCCCGCACCAUCAACAACAACGACAACACAACGCUCCACUACAUCAACUACCCCCUCUAUCCGGCCAAUUAUAUGGAGACCAAUAACAAGGAAACCAACAACUACUACCACUACCACAAAAGCACCCUGGCAAGGCUAUCCAUUUUAUCCAAAACCAAGCACCACAACAGCACCCAAAACAUCUACAACAACAAAACAUCCAGGUUACCCACCAUAUCGUCCGGCGAAUCCCUGGGAGCCAUAUACACCCCAGCAGCCGCAGAAGCCAACUUAUCCGCAAACUUCGCAACAGAAUCGUUGCUAUUUUAAAUCGCAACGUGGCUCACCAUAUUUGCAGUUGCGCUGCGGCGGAUGGCAGUACGUCUACCACGUACAGUGCUACCGUUGUUGCAUCUACAACGAUGUCAGCUAUGCCGGUUGCAACCAAGUACAUAGCUCCCAUUGCCAACAGCAGCAGCAACAAAAACCACAACAACAACACAGUUAUAAUACGUACACCAAUUAUUGGUAUAGCAUUUAAUGGGCCGUACAGCUGGACAUGCGCAUGAUUUAAUUUGUCCCAGCAAAAACUUUCGAUUCUUUGGUAAGCGCUUACUUUUUGUAUCGAUGGAGUAACGCAUUACAAUUCGCCUCAAGAAAAAAUUUUUAAUUUUUACAUUUUCUCGCUUACC